GCUGACGUGACGUCCAUGCAGCAGUUUACCAAUACGAAAAUUAAGUCGAAUCCAGGUCGAAUCGUUGAUCAACGUCGAACACUUGUGGUGAAUCAUCUACAAUUCUGCAGCCUUACGUUAUUUAUACCAGAGCCAUUUUAGCCAUUAAUACACAAGUGCGCAUUCUAUUCCUAGUUCUAGUCUUGCUGUCUCAGUCUCAGGCAACACUUUUUUAACCUUACAGCUCAACAUUGCUCUAGAGAAUGUCCAAAAUGACAGGAGGAAUCUCUGAUAACGAUGAGCCUGCUACUGCUGAAGUACAAACUUUGGUUGAACAAGUUAAAGACCAAAUUACAGGAAAAAUGAAUGGAACUUUUGAAGUAUUUGAAGCCAUUACUUUUAGGUCUCAAGUAGUAGCUGGACGCAACUAUUUUGUCAAGAUUCAUGUUGGCAAUGAUAAAUGCAUCCAUGCACGCAUAUACAAAAAUCUGCAACGUGAAGUAUCUGUUCAUUCCAUUCAAGAAGACAAGACUAGAGAAGAUCCCAUCACAUAUUUUUAACUUAAAUAUUUCCAUUAAAUAUUUUACUGACACUUUUUAUCAUAAAAAAGUAAUAAACACAUAAAACUUUA